CCGCGCCGGUGUGGGGUCGUGGAGGUCCCCAGAGGCAGGAAGCCUCCUUCUCAAAGUGGGAAUGGAGGUAAAUUGUUUAACACUAAAAGACCUGAUCAACCCCAGGCAGUCCAGACUAGAUUUUGCAAUUGAAGAUGGGGAGAAUGCGCAAAAGGAAAAUAUAUUUGUUGAUCGCUCAAGGAUGGCCCCGAAGACUCCAAUAAAAAAUGAACCAAUUGAUUUAUCAAAGCAAAAAAUCUUCACUCCAGAAAGAAAUCCCAUUACUCCAGUUAAGCUUGUUGACAGACAGCAGGCAGAACCAUGGACCCCCACAGCUAACCUGAAGAUGCUCAUUAGCGCCGCCAGCCCGGACAUAAGAGACCGGGAGAAGAAAAAGGGACUGUUCAGACCCAUUGAAAACAAGGAUGAUGCCUUUACAGACUCUCUGCAGCUUGAUGUGGUUGGGGACAGUGCUGUGGACGAAUUUGAAAAGCAAAGGCCAAGCAGAAAACAGAAAAGUCUAGGACUCCUGUGCCAGAAGUUUCUAGCUCGCUAUCCAAGUUAUCCCUUGUCAACUGAGAAAACAACCAUCUCCCUAGAUGAAGUUGCUGUCAGUCUUGGCGUUGAAAGGAGACGUAUCUAUGACAUUGUAAAUGUGCUGGAAUCGCUGCAUCUGGUCAGCCGGGUGGCCAAGAAUCAAUAUGGCUGGCAUGGCCGGCACAGCCUGCCAAAAACCCUGAGGAGCCUCCAGAGACUGGGAGAGGAGCAGAAAUAUGAAGAGCAGAUGGCACAUCUCCAGCAGAAGGAGCUAGAUCUGAUGGAUUAUAAACUUGGAGAACGUAAAAAAGACAGCUAUCCAGAUUCUCAAGAUCCACAGUUACUGGAUUUCUCGGAACCCGACUAUCCCUCUUGUGAGUUCACAGUAACCACACAAGUAAUGGCAGAGAGGGAGGGAUGGUCUCUUCCGAGGAAGGCCUUUGCCAGUAAGAGAGCGAUGCCGCCGUCAAGCAGCCUGGACCCUGCUGCUCCUUUCCCUGGCCUGUCUGUUGACUCAGAAUAUUGUGCUACUCCUUUAGCACACCAAGUCUUUUCUGCGGCCCAAACGGACCUGCAUGCCUUCCCCGUGCAGAACAGUCUGACUGGACAAGUGGGUGCCUCACCAGCUUCUGCAGCCUCGGACGUGGAGAGCCUGAAACCAGCCCUGCUGGCCAGCCAGCCCAUGGUGUACGUGCCCUCCACCUCACUGUUCAUGCUGUAUGGGAGCCUGCAGGAGGGACCGUCCCCGGGGUCCGAGAGGGACAGCAGAAGCGCAGAAGUCUCAGCAGCAAAGCAGCCGUCCACACCCUCAGUUCCGAAGCGCCUCGGGGAGGAGAGGAAGCCUCAGGAGGAGGAGCCAGCCACUAAAAGACAGAGCAGGGACUACGAAGACAGCCCUCUAGCUCUUGUCAUGCCCAAGAAACCCUCAGAGUCCACAGACGUUGCCUCCCCCAAGACCCCGGGUAACAGCGGCUCAGUGCCCCUCGAAGACAUUCACAGGGAGGCCCAAGUCUCGGCUGCAGAGGAGGCUUCAGGAAAGGCCACGGUCAACUGCUUCAUUUCUUCUGAGUGGGGAAAUCCUUCGAGAGACACAGAGAUAGAAAAGUCUUCAAAAGAAAAUGAAAGCACCAAAGAGCCCUCUUUGCUGCAGUACCUUUAUGUGCAGUCGCCAGCUGGAUUAAAUGGUUUCAAUGUGCUCUUAUCUGGCAGUCAGAACCCCCAUGCCGUGGGACCCCCUUCAGGUCAGCUGCCAUCCCUCAGCAUUCCUUGCAUGGUCUUACCAUCUCCGACGCUGGGCCCUUUCCCCGUUCUCUAUUCUCCCACUAUGCCCAGGCCGCUUUCCUCUGCCCCUGGUGCUCUCCCAAAUGCGGGACCUGUGAAUUUUGGCUUGCCUGGCCUUGGAUCAACAGCUCAUCUUCUCAUCGGCCCUGCAAACAUGGUUAAUCCAAAAUCAUCAGCACUCCCCUCCGCAGACCCUCAGCUUCAGGGUGCCCACUCACUCAAUCUGAGUCCAGAGAUGCCAAGAUCACACAACAUCAUCCAGCCUGAAUCCCCUGCGUAUGCGGGGCAUCCUGUCUCCGUAGUAAAAUUACAACAGUCCCCCGUUCCUGGGACCCCCAAGAGCAUCCGAUGCACACAUCGUGAGACAUUUUUCAAGACACCUGGCAGCCUCGGAGACCCCGUCCUUAGAAGAGAAAGGAAUCCGACACGAAACACCAGCUCAGCGCAGAGGAGACUGGAAAUCCCCAGCAGCGAGGCUGACUAACCUGCCGCCGGGCCAGGCCGGGGUGGGGGGCCACCCACCUGACUUUCCCCGUCCCAGGUGAUGCCCUGAUGCUGAAUGCAAAGCGGGACGCAGACCAUCAUCUGCACACAUCGUCCUCUCUCUUUCACCUACCGGUUCUAAUGUUAACUUCCCAUCAUCAUGAAUCAUCUAUUUUCCUGAAAGCAAUUGUUAUUAAUUGUGCAUUUAAUAUCAGUUAGAGUCCAGACUCUGUGCGUGGUGUCACAGUGAAAGCACCGACUGACUUGUGGUUUUGAUUCAAGAAUCCUCUUAUUGCUGGAAGUCGAUCUGAACAGGCUACUGGAGCCUUGUGGUUUUUCUACUGGGGGAGCUGUCUAGCACUUAACUAGGGUGAGCAUUCUUGGCAGGUUUUUCCCCCUCGCCCUGAGUCUAGAUCUGUGGUGAGAGAAACUUCUUUUCUGCAGUUUAAAAAAGCUACUGCUUCCUUAGGCUUCAUCAGGAAGCCGACUCCAGUUGUGAAUCCUAUGGUAUUAUUUAUUUUGUUCCUGAAAUGGGAUUUAGUGCAAAAAGUUUACAACUACAGCAAAAUACAUGUUUUUCAGGGUAUGACGACUUGAAUGUUUGUGCUUUUUUCCUCUAAUUUGCCCUGCACUUACUUUACAACCUACUAAUAAUGUGGAUAAAUGUGUAUGCAUGACCGAAUGUUACGACCAAAAUAACUGUGAAUGGCCCACUUGCUAUAAUGAACUGUGCUGAGCCUGUCUGGGCAUGAGAAGCAAGAUGCAUGCUAGCUGCCUAAGAGCUGACCUGUGUGAACAAUGAGGUUUUACUGUUCAUUUGUAAAAAUCCUACCCUGUGCGGUUUUCUUCACUAUGUGCCCCGUGGAUUUUUUAUUUAAACGUUAACUGUAGAGUAUCAGGUAUGGAUGCCUUCAAAGAAUUGCUGUCUUAUUGAAUAAAUCAGGAUGGUAGCAAGUGAUUGAUUAUAUGGAAAAUUGGAACCUGGAUGGGACCUUUUGGUAGAAUUCUGAAGAGUAAUGAUGUAGAAAUUGAUAUAGUUCUGAUAGGUGAUCAUUAUAUUUUUUCCUUUGGCUUUUUUCUUUAUUUGUGGAAGGGUAAGAGGGAAAACGAACACAUUAUGUUCAGUAUCCAAGAGUAUUCAAACCAGUUAUUUUUCGGAGCGUUUCUGAAAAAUAAGAACGGUGAGUGCAGGGAUUCAUUGUUCUAGCAUGAGUACAAUUCUGGAAACUAUUAUGCAAUACCCCUUUGUUAAACCAUAUUGCUUUAGGAUUUCAGUAAGUAGACAAACUAGCUCUUUGUAUUCCUAGAUUUAUUGAUGUACCUCAUUCUUGUCUCUUCCAGCAAAUGCCUUCCUCUCUCCCUUUUUUCCUUCCCUCCUUCCUUUCUUCAUUCCUUUCUUUUUUAAGCUUCUGUCUUCGAUCUGGAAUCUUGGUGUACAAUUCUAUUUUAUUUUUAUUUUCGGACCCAAUAAAAUGUUAUAUGAAAUAAAAAUAUUAAUUUAAGAGACUCUGGGAGUCUGAGUAAAGUAGCUUUAUAUUAACUACAGGAUACUAUUAGCCUUAUUACCCCCACAAGAUUUUUGAAAACU